AUCUACGAACGACUACCGUUCUUGGAGGGUCACAGCAUAGGUUUUGGGCAACCUAAAGCUGGGAAGAGAGAAAGACUAGUUGGUUUGUUUCUCCUGAGCUCUUCUAAGGAUGGCUUCCCUCUUUCAGCACCUGCGGGUGCUGCUGUGGAAAAAUUGGCUGAGCAUCAAAAGGCAACCCCUUUGGUCAUUCACAUUAAUUGCAUGGCCUGUAUUUUUAUUCAUCCUUUUGGCCACCAUACGAACCAGAUUUCCUCCAGAACCUGAGCCAAACUGUUAUCUUGCUCCCCGGAACCUUCCUAGUGCAGGUUUCUUCCCAUUUCUCCAAACGGUGCUUUGUGGUUCAGAUGCCACCUGCAAAAGCACACCGUAUACACCUGAAGACCUGCUACCCAAACUGAAUAGUAUCUUGCCCAUAAGCAGAAAACGGAGAAGGUCAGCUAACCUGGAGAAGGACAGCAAUCCAUCAUCCCAGAGUGCUGAUGCUCCGAAAAGCAGGAAUGGUUCAUUGGACAAAAUUGAUCCAGCAGCGAAUCUGAAGAACACUUCAUCAUCUGUUCGCCGUGCCAGUAUUCAUGUGCUCAACAAGAUCCUCAGACUGGCAGAAAUGCAAAAACCGUCUGUAGCAAAUCUUAAAGCUGAGAUCUGUGAGGUUAUGCCAGCAAAUGCAUCCUCACAGAGUCUCCUUUGGGAAGUCAUCGGAACCAACACCUAUCAGACAUUUUGCUUCAGCAACCUGUCUCUUAUGGAAUCAUUUUUUCAAGAAUUCAGAAAUCAGACUUCUAAAUUAAAGCAGGAUUCACAGUACCAGAUGUCUUUUCUCAAGGAAAUAGUUUCAUUCUUAUCACUCAUCUCCGAAGUGCAGAAUGACACUUCCUUAUGGCGUAUCCUUCUGAUGGCGCAAGAUCUCACUCAAGGUGUCACCAAUAUGAAGAAUAUGGUUGCUACCCUUCGGAACACAAACAGAAAAGUAUUCUCAAAAUACAAUUUUGCUGGUGAAGAAUUGGUUGGUGAAGCGGGCCAACUCUCAAAGGAUGUAGAAACCAAUGAGAAAUCUCUACAACUUCUCAAAGAUUUGCAAGAGAAAUUUAGUACUGCUGAAAUGAAAAACCUGGAGCUAUUCAAGGAAUCUGAGCACAAAACUAUACUAGGAUUGGCUGGAAUUCUGCAGCAAGCAGCAGGAGACCAAGAUAAUAAACUAAAAGAUCUAUUAACUAAGGAAGAAAUCAACAGACCCCACAACUUCACAUCUUCGCUGCUUCAGAACAGCUCCAAUGGGUUGCCGUUUUUUGACAUAAUGGCCCACUUGAAAGAAGUUCCAAAUAUCCACAACUUAGCUAGAAGCAUUUGGGAACUAGCUUUUUUAAAUAAGACUGACUUUAACACCACAAAGACAUGGCAAACUAUCAAAACGAUAACAUCUCACAGAUUUUCGGACAUGCCUGAAAGAUUUCGAAGGUACUUAACUUCAAUGCAACAAAUACCAUCAUUGUUUGCAAAUUCUCUGCUUAAACCUACAACUAUUGAGAACUUUCCCGAGAAGCUCCUGGCACUCCAGAAAAUCUUUGAUAUUGUGGCAGAUGUUAACUCAAAUCACAAUUACCUCCUAAUGCAGUUCAUUAAUGACAUGAUGCAGAAAAUCCAAAAUUCAAUUAAUGAAUCCCAAUGGAAUGAAUUCAAUGUUUAUUGGCAUAUUAGUGAAAUACUCAGGUCUGCAAAAUGGAAUGAUACAGAUAUAAUUGCCUAUGGGCAGGUUUUAGACAUACUGCACAAUGGUCUGUACACCCACCACAAUGGGUCAGGUCGUCCCUUGAAAACAGAGCUUGAAAAAUUGACUAAAUUUGUGAACUAUUUACUGAAAGAGAAUGGUGAAGAAAGCAUCAGUGGGGCAAAUGUCUCAAUGGUUUUAGAAGCCAUCAUGAAAACGCUGCACGUGUUAGAGGAUCUGGAGGAAAAGUACCUCAAUGAAUUAGUUACUGUCAAUCCACUAAUGAAUGUCAAUAAUGAAACUCUCCAGAGAUUAUUUCAAAUAUUCAAGGAAGGCAGAGAUAUACUUUCUGAUCCCAGGUUGACAGAAGCAUCUAGUCUUAAAAAAAUUGACACCCUCUUCAGUUUUUCGCACAAGUUACUUUUUCGGGAGUUUUAUAGGAUGAAAGCAUGGCCUAAUUCAUCAGUAGAAGCAAAAGUGUCAGAAUUUUUGUAUUUAACAUUGAGCCCUUUUCUAAGAGGCGAUAUCCAGGCUAACGAAAGGCUGCCAGACUGCACUAUCAAAGACUUCCAUCUCAUUUCUGUUGAAGUGUUAUUGAGCAAUGCCACGCUCAAGGAAGCCUUAAGAGGAAGCAACUGCAGUUUCCUUUUUACUGCCGCUGAUUUUGAAAACCGAACAACUCACCACCAUACAUUUACUGAAUUGUUUCACCUUGCAAUAAGAAAUUUAAAAUCAAUGCCAACUUUUGAUACAUUCCACAAAGACAAAAGGAGAUACUUUCCCAAUGCAUUUCAGUGUCUCAUCAAAUCAUUACAACUUUCAUCAGGGUUUCUCUCUAAAUGGAACAGUUUCUAUAACUAUAAGAAUCCCUGGAUACAAAAGAUGCAUGAUAAUCUAACAGCUAUCUCUGACAGCCUGUCUCAGAGUAAUCUAACCUGCCAAGAACCAUUGUUUGGCAACAUGGAUGUUAUAAAUGAAUCUUUUGUUUUACACCUUUUGAGUCAUUUUAUGCUGAACGAAACAGACGCUCACGCACAGAAUGUAUCCGGCAGUCCAUCAGUGUGGAACCAAGCACUUGUGUCUUUUAUUUUGCUACACAGCGAACCCCAUAAGAACGCCACCAUAUCAAAGCUGUUAGAAGUGAACAAAAAUGCUGUCAACCAAUCAAAAUGGAAAUAUUUCUCAAAGGCCUUGAAUGAGGUUGCAAAUAUGUUGAGCUCCAAUCAGAAUGUGACAACUGCAAAGCAGUAUGUUCAACUACUAGAAAUGACAAGAAAAGCUCUAAUUCUUGUUGUCACAAGCUUAGCUCCCAAUAAAACAGAAACACAUCAGUUCCUUGAAUCCUUAAGUUGGGGAAUGAAAGCUUCCUAUUUAGAAGAGAUACUUAGUUCAAUAAAAUCCUUCUUCAAUGUAACUUCUGAGAUAGAUUACAAAAAUUAUUUAGGAGGACUUUUUAAUACACUUUCUCCACCUAUUGACGUCCUCGUUCAAAGACUUUUGUACACUAAUCCUCAUUGGGAAGAAACUAAGCAGGCGUUGAACUUAACUACGUUGUUUUUAGGCAAGACCAGUUUUAAGUUAGCAAUGAUAUGGAGAACUAUCCAGGAGGUGAUGUUGUGGAAAUUUGACAAAACACAGGAAAUCCCAUUGCAGUUUUCAAAAUUUCUGCUUAAUUCUACAGCCACCAAAAACAUUUUGGAGCAGCUUUUAACCUUUCAGGAUUCCAACUAUAACACAACAAAUGUAAACAUGAGUCGGGACUAUCCCUUGGUUGCUUAUCUUUCAGGAAUAAUGCAAAGAACAAACAAUGCCUCUAUGAAAUCCCGGUGGAAUGAGUGGAGUGCCUUUGGGCAUAUUGAUGAACAGCUAAGAUCCGUGAAGUUAAAGAGUACAAACCUAGAUACACACAGGCAUUUUUUAAAUAUACUACACCAACGUCUAGCUGAACAGGAUAAUGAACAUGGUCUUGAUUUCAGCCUAGAACUGGAGACGUUGACUAGACUUUUAUCUGAUGUACUACAAAGGUUUCUAUUUUCAGAAUUUGAAAAUAACUUCCUACAGUUAUCACCUAAUAAUGGCUUCAGAUCGUACUUGACUUGCAUAAUGAAUGUGUCUGAAGGUCUAGCUAGUGAAUUGUCAGAAAAUGCUGCCCUUCCUCCAAACAUAGCACAGUUAAAAAGGGUUCUUUUCACCUCCCGUGAUACUUACAAGAACUAUUUGUCGGUUCCAGAGAUCUUGAUGUUAAGAGUGAGUAGGCUUCUACAUCUCCGAAACCUCACAUCUCUCCUUUGUGACCGCGAGAGCAUCCGUUCAUUACAGCAAACAUGCCAGCUCCCUGACGUUAAUUUUGCAGAGUUGUGCGAUCAAAGUGAAUUACACAAGAAGCUUCUUCAUAGUGUAGAACUAAGUGAUCGCCUUGUGACCAGUUUCGUUAAACGUAGAAGCUUGAUUGCAGAGUUUCAAGAAAUAGUCGUUGGGGAUCCGAAAAGACUCCAGCAAGAAAUUUACUGGUUACAAGAAGACGUGCCACUGCUUAAAUACUUUCUUGAUAUCCCCAAGUAUGUGGCUUCUUUGAAUUCUGUAGUGAAUAUCACUAAGAAUACAGCACAUCCCAGAAAACAAGGUACACUAAUAGAUCUGUUCAGAAAUGUUGAUGGCCUCAGGUACGAUCUCAGAAAUACUGUGGGAAUGUCAACAGAAAGUGUCAAUGCUUUGUUAGAAAUGCCUCUUCCAGAAAACAAAAUACAGCUGAUUUUUCAGAUCAUCCAGUUGGAGCUCUGUGACCCUGAUGCUGCUGUCCCGGAACUGGAAGUCAUAACAGCGCAGCUCUGCAACCUCUCAUUCACUGAAAGGGCCCACAAAUCUUACAUUUUAGGGGUCACGCUUCUGCAUUACCUGGAUGUUGGCAACUUUAUAUACAAGGUGUUCUUUCCUAAGGAACUACAAACACCUCUGGAUAAUCUAUUGGAUCUCCUCAAGGAUUUGGACCACUUCAAGAAACAGGUUGCAUCUGAUGUCCACCCACUCUUUGAUGCAAUUCAUCUCCUUAAAAAACUGCAGCAGUCAAGAAAUGCACCAUUUUCCAAGGCACUGUUCCAAACUAGCAACCUAACAAUGAAUAGAGGGACAUUUAAAACCAUUUCUAAAGCUCUGUGCAACAUGGAGAUCUCUCCUUUGUUUUUUGAAUCUCUGCUGCCUGAUUUUGAAGAGCAGAAUGUUCACCACCCUUCUGUCCAAGAUGAAUGUGUGCAACAUAUUAAGAAGAAAUUUGGCAUUCCACAGGAUUUGACACCAUUCUGCACAUUAUUCUUUUUGGACUUGGUUAAGACACCUUCUGGGGCUUUAAUUUGGUCUUUCCUAAAGCCCCUGCUGUUUGGGAGGAUUCUCUAUACACCAGACACUCCUGAAACAGAAGCGAUCAUGGAGAAGUCUAAUUCAACAUUGAAACUGAUGGCUGACUUAAUACAAAAUUCCCAGAAGUGGCUGGACAAUGCACCAUUGCUUAAGAAAUCCCUGACCAUGUUAGAUGAGACUAUUCCAGUACUGAAGAAUGCGUUGCAGAACCCUUUUAUACAAGUCUUCAUCAGACUCACGGUGCACCUGGAUGCUGUUGAUCUUCUCAAUCAAAUUGAUGAGUUGGAUGAUAUACGUUUGGAACUACAGAAUAAUGCUGACGUCAUAAAUCAGCUUAAUAUCUUAGCAGGAUUAAGCGUAAAUGUCUCUUCGUGUAUCUUGUUUGAUCGCAUUAAGCCAUUCAGGACUGAAGAAGAACUGGAAAAGGUGGCAAAAGAUUUCUUUUUGAAGAAUGAACUUUUGGCAAGUAUUAUUUUCAAGAUGCCCUCAGAUAGGAAGAGAGAGGAGAGCGCAACCUCUGGUGGUCUUUCCCUUCCACCGCUAAUCAAUUAUACCAUCCGAAUGAGCAGCAAGAUUUCCCAAACGACACAAAGAAUACGAGAAAAAGUCUGGACGGUGGGUCCACAUAACUCAGUCUCGCAGAGCCAAAUCUACAGUCGAGCAUUUGUCUACAUCCAGGAUAGCAUUGAUAGAGCAAUCAUUGAAUUACAGACUGGGAAAAAUGCAGAAGAGAUAGCUGUACAAGUUCAGGCUACACCGUACCCCUGCUACAGUAAAGACAUGUUCCUAACUAGUGUGACCUAUUCUCUCCCAUUUUCACUGAUGGCUGCUUGGAUACUUUUCGUUGCGGCUUUUGUGAAGAAACUCGUUCAAGAAAAAGACCUGCGGCUUUAUGAGUAUAUGAAGAUGAUGGGUGUCAAUUCCAGCAGCCACUUCUUUGCUUGGUUCAUAGAGUGUGCCACCUUCCUCUUAAUCACUAUCACAUGUCUCAUUAUCGUCUUCAAAGUUGGGAAUAUCCUUCCCAACAUAAAUGUCGUGAUCUUAUUCCUGUACCUCGUGGACUACAGCCUCUCCAUCAUAGCCAUGUGCUACCUCAUCAGUGUUUUCUUCAACAACACCAACAUCGCAGCUUUGGUUGCAUGCCUCAUCUACAUCCUGACCUUUUUCCCCUUCAUUGUCCUCCUUAUUGUUGAGAAUCACAUCAGCUUCUCUGGGAAGAGCCUACUGGGCCUCUUGUCUCCAACUGCGUUCAGCUAUGCAAGCCAAUAUAUCGCCCGCUAUGAAGAAAAAGGCAUUGGCAUCCAAUGGGAUAACAUGUAUGAAUCGCCUAUGUCAGGAGACAACACUAAUUUUGGCUGGAUGUGUUGGCUAAUUCUGAUAGAUUCCUUUAUUUAUUUCAUUCUGGGGUGGUACAUAAGGAAUGUUUUUCCAGGAAAGUAUGGUAUGGCAGCCCCAUGGUAUUUCCCACUUCUUCCGUCUUAUUGGGCUGAGCGCUAUGGUUACAUUCCAGCAUGGAGUGAGAAGAUAAAAGAUUAUCUUUUCACCAAUUUCUUUUUAAGAAAACAGCCAACGUUCCCUGAAAAGAUGUAUGUUCAGAGUGCUUUGUCUUUUAACCUUGAGCCUGAACCUACAAACUUAACCCUGGGAGUUUCUCUUCAUGGAAUAACAAAGACCUAUGGAUCCAAAGCUGCUGUUCAGAAUCUCAACCUGAACUUCUAUGAAGGAAACAUCACUUCAUUGCUGGGCCAUAAUGGAGCUGGGAAAACUACCACAAUAUCUAUUCUAACCGGUCUGUUUCCUGCUUCAUCCGGCACAAUAUUUGUGUAUGGAAAAGACAUCAGAUCUGACCAGGAUAUCAUUCGGAAAAACAUGGGGAUUUGCAUGCAGCACAAUGUAUUAUUUAGUUACCUCACCACAAAGGAGCACCUGCUCUUAUAUGGCUACAUCAAGAUACCUCACUGGAGCAAGCAGGAGUUAUAUGAAGAAGUAGAAAGGACUUUGAAGCAAACCGGAUUAUACAACCAUCGUCACAAGCUGGCUGGUUCCUUAUCAGGAGGAAUGAAAAGAAAGCUGUCAAUAUCUAUUGCUCUUCUUGGAGGUUCAAAGGUUGUGAUUUUGGAUGAACCAACGACUGGGGUUGAUCCAUGUUCCAGGAGAGGCAUUUGGGAGAUUAUAUCAAAAAAUAGAAAAGGCAGAACAAUCAUUCUCUCCACCCAUCACUUGGACGAGGCAGAGGUGUUGAGUGACCGGAUUGCAUUCUUGGAAAAUGGUGGGCUCAAGUGCUGUGGAUCCCCAUUCUACCUCAAGGAAACAUUUAGCAGUGGAUACCAUCUCACACUUACUAAAAAAAAGAGCUCAAUUUUAAAUGUGGCAGAGGACUGUGAUACUUCUGCCGUGACAGCCAUGAUCCAGUCUCAUCUUCCAGACGCCUUCCUCAAGGAAGAUAUUGGUGGAGAGCUUGUCUAUGCACUUCCCCCGUUUAACAGUAAAGUCUCUUCAGCCUAUCAAUCUCUUCUGAGUGGCCUGGACAGCGGUUUGAGUGAUCUCCAUAUCGGGUGCUACGGAAUUUCCGACAGCACUGUGGAAGAAGUAUUUCUCAAUUUGACCAAAGACCUAGAAAAAAAUGAACAAGCUGAUGCAGAGUUGUCACAAGAGGCGUUGAAUUACACUCUGGAGAACGAUGACCUGAGCUCCAAUAACUUCACUGAAAGAGAUGACCAAGCCCUGGUUAAGUUGAGGAAGCCAGGCCACAUUCCUCUCUUGGUGAGGAGGGCCACAGCCUUGUUCAUCAAGAGGUUCCAUCACACUCGGCGCAAUGUGAAAGGUUUUAUUGCUCAGGUUUUACUUCCUGUGCUCUUUGUGACUGCUGCUAUGGGCCUCGGGAACUUGAGAACUAAGGUGGAAGAAUACCCUGCACUCCACCUUUCACCAUCCCUGUACGGUUCUUCUGGCCAGGCGGAUUUCUUUGGAAAUUAUAAUGAAACCACUGAUUCUUUGGUUGCUUCAUUGCUUUCUUUCCCUGGAGCAGAUAACACAUGCCUGAAUAAAAGUAAUUUAGAAUGUUUCAACAAGGACGAGCCUGGCGAGUGGGUAUUCAGUGGGAACCAGAGCGCUCAGUAUUCUGCAUGCAACUGCACAGACAGCAGACAGGUUUGUCCAAAGAUUAACCUAAUUCCACCCCACAAGAGGACUUUCUUCUCCCGGAUAAUUUAUAACCUUACUGGGCAUGAUGUAGAGACUUACCUUUUAGUUACUGCCAAAGGCUAUGUGCAGAAAAGGUAUGGUGGUUGGAGUUUUGGACUGCCUUUGACUAGUGACCUCCAGUUCGAUAUACUUCCAAUACCUGCUAACAGAACAGUAACUAAGGUCUGGUAUAAUCCAGAAGGUUAUCACAGUCUCCCAGCCUACCUCAACAGCCUGAAUAACUUCAUACUCCGAGCUAACUUGCCAAAAGAAAACUCUUCUGGAUACGGCAUUUCGGUCGUUGCUCAUCCUUAUCCUGGUGGAGAGAGUCAAGAACAAGCCAUGCUUAGUAGUUUACUGGAUAUCAUUGUCUCCAUGUCUGUUCUGAUUGGCUACUCCAUCACAACAGCCAGCUUUGUGCUUUACGUGGUAAAGGAACAUCAAACCAAAGCAAAACAGCUACAGCAUAUCUCAGGCAUCAGUGUAACAAGCUACUGGGUGACUAAUUUCAUUUACGACCUGGUUUACUUUCUGGUACCCGUUACACUCUCAGUAGGAAUAAUUUCAGCUUUUCAGAUUCCGGCUUUCUUCAACGACAAUAAUAUUUUGGCUGUAUUCCUACUUCUUCUCCUAUUUGGAUACGCAACGUUUUCAUGGAUGUACUUGCUGGCUGGAAUCUUCAAGGAAACCGGAAUGGCCUUUUUAGUUUAUGUCUGCAUCAACUUGUUCUUUGGUGUCAACACAAUCAUAACACAUUCCGUUGUGUUUCUAAUUUCCCAAGAAAAGGCCACGGAUCAGGGCUUGCAUGACCUUGCUGAAACUCUGAGACAUGUUUUCCUGAUGUUCCCACAAUUCUGUUUUGGAUAUGGAUUGAUUGAACUGUCGCAGUACCAAGCCCUGAUGGGUUUCUUAAAAGCCUAUGGAGUGGAUUAUCCUAACAAAACUUUUGAGAUGGAUAUGAUAAGCUCUAAGCUUCUUGCGAUGUUCAUCCAGGGGACGAUAUUUUUUUCCAUCCGGCUCCUGAUCGAUGACGGGACAUUUCAGAAAAUCUGGUAUAAUAUAUUAGAAUUCCUAUUUAGCAAAGUGCAUGGCAAGCCUCCUCACCAGCUGGAAACCAUUGAUGAGGAGGAAGACAAGGAUGUUCAAGCAGAAAGGGAGCGAGUCACCUUGGGCCUGGCAGAUUGCGACAUUUUACAGCUCCAGAAUCUCACCAAAAUCUACCAUCUUCCCCACCGAAGGAUUGUGGCGGUAAAAAAUGUCAGCAUUGGCAUCCCAGCAGGGGAGUGUUUUGGCUUGCUUGGUGUGAACGGAGCUGGGAAAACGACCAUCUUCAAAAUGCUGACAGGAGAUAUUGCGCCAUCUAGUGGAAGGCUACUUGUGCGAGAUGAAUCUGGAUCCUUGAAUGAUAUUGAUGAUGCACACUGGUCACUAUUUGGGUACUGCCCUCAAGAAGAUGCUCUUGAUGACUGGCUGACAGUGGAAGAACACAUGUAUUAUUAUGCUCGAUUACAUGGCAUCCCAGAGAAACAUAUUAAAGGGAUUGUCCUUCAGCUUCUUUAUCGACUUAACCUGAUGCCCUACAAACAUAGAAUCACCUCGAUGUGUAGCUAUGGCACCAACAGAAAGUUAUCAGCUGCUCUGGCCCUUCUUGGGAAACCAUCAAUUUUACUGCUGGAUGAACCAAGCUCUGGAAUGGAUCCUAAUGCUAAGAGGCAUCUGUGGAAAAUCAUCACUGAGGAAGUACAGAACCAAUGUUCAGUGAUACUUACUUCUCACAGCAUGGAAGAAUGUGAGGCGCUCUGCACGCGGCUGGCUGUCAUGGUAAACGGCCGUUUCCAGUGCAUGGGUUCACUGCAGCAUAUAAAGAGCAGAUUCGGAAGAGGAUUUACUGUGAAGAUGCAUUUGAAUAACGAUGCAGUUUGCAUAGAGAAGCUGACAGAAUUUUUGCAGACGAACUUUCCAAAUACACAUUUAAAGGACCAUCAGCUGAAUAUGGUGGAAUAUCAUGUCCCGGUGUCUGCAGGAGGUGUAGCAAACAUAUUUCAACUGCUGGAGUCGAACAAAGCAAUCUUCAGAAUCAGGCACUUCUCAGUGAGUCAAACGACUCUAGAAGAGGUUUUCAUCAACUUUGCUAAAGCUCAAACUGGCCCUGAUAUUUCGGAUGCGAGUUCAGAUAUAGGCUCAGACAGCUUUGACUUAAGCAGCCAAGAUUCUAACAUAACAGCGAUCUGCUAAAGCCUUAGGCUGAGGUUCCCUGCUGUUCUACUAAGAUUUUAUUUUGAGAAGAUAUUUUAUGCAUUCGUUUUGUAAUCCGGAACAGAGGCACCUGAAUGGAGGCAGCCAACCUUAUAUCAGAGUGGCCUAUUACUUGUUUCUCGACUUUCAGUUUUUGUGCUCAUGAAUUACAUAUGCCAAGGAUGUGUAGCAGACACAGAUACAUUUGGCCUCAUCUGCUUGGGAACUUCCCUUCCUGAUGCAGUCCCCAUAACUAUAAUCACUAGAAGAAAACAACUGCUCUUUAUUUAGGGUCAUAAGCUAAAACUUGGCUGUGUGCAUGGAUUAUGUCAGUAUUAAAUAAAAUUAUUUAAAAUCUGAA